AGUGGAGCACGUUGACGUUUUUAACCGAGGUAAUUUAACCUCAAGUUCACGUGUUCCUAUUUUUGCGAUUGAAUAAGCUACGAAAAAUGGUUGCAAAAAGGAAAAAGAAGUAUGCGUCAGGCGAAGGCGCCCACUUCAUGACCAGAAAAGCCGCCCUUAAGAAACUCCAACUCUCCCUUAACGACUUCCGAAGACUAUGUAUCCUGAAGGGAAUCUACCCCCGCGAGCCUCGUAACAGAAAAAGGGCGCAAAAAGGCCAAGCCGGAAUCAAAACCCUCUACCACGUCAAAGACAUCCAAUUCCUCAUGCACGAGCCCAUCAUUUGGAGACUCCGCGACUACAAAAUUUUCAACAAGAAAGUAGGCCGAGCUCGCGCUGUUAAAGACUUCGAAUCUUUGAAAAAAUAUCUAAAUAAUCAUCCGACGUUGAAGUUGGAUCAUAUAGUGAAGGAGCGAUACCCGACAUUUUUGGACGCUUUACGCGACUUGGACGACUGUUUAACACUCUGUUUUCUGUUCAGUACGUUCCCUUCGAUUGCGCACGUCCCCCGAGAUCAAAGCGCUCUGUGUCGAAGACUAACUAUUGAAUUUUUACACGCAGUGAUUGAAGCUAAAGCGUUACGCAAAGUCUUUGUUUCAAUCAAAGGCUACUAUUAUCAAGCGGAGAUUAAAGGUGAGACCAUCACGUGGAUCGUUCCACAUCAUUUCUCAUUCGAGCCGCAAAGUCGAGCUGAAGUUGAUUUUAAACUAAUGUCGACUUUUGUUGAAUUUUACACAGUGAUGUUAGGAUUCAUCAAUUUUCGACUUUAUCACUCUUUGAAUUUAUUUUAUCCGCCGAAGUUUUCCGUUGUUAGUCAAAACGAUGACGAGAAAUCAAUUGUUGAUGAAGAGGUUUUUGUCUCGGAACGCGUGGCGGCUUUAAAUUUCCCAGUUUCAAAAACGAGUAGUGGCGAAGAGGAAGAAGAAGUUGAAAUUGACACUUUUAGUACGGAAGACACACCAGAGAAAAUCGAAGAAGCUAAAAUUGAAGCGGAAAAAAUUAAAAAUUUGAAAGGUUUGUUCAAGGGGUUGAAGUUCUUUAUAAAUCGUGAAGUUCCAAGGGAGCCUUUGGUUUUUAUUAUACGUUGCUUUGGGGGCGAAGUUUCGUGGGAUAAGUUACUUUUUGUGGGGGCGUCGUUUGAUGAAAAUGACGAAUCCGUUACGCAUCAAAUUGCUGAUAGACCGUCUAUGGACAAACAGUUUAUUUCAAGAUAUUAUAUUCAACCUCAGUGGGUUUUUGAUAGCGUGAAUGCCCGUCAGCUCCUUCCUGUUAAUAAAUAUUUCAUGGGGGAGGUUUUGCCGCCGCAUUUAUCACCAUUUAUUGAUAAAAGUAGGGAUCAGCAGUAUAUUCCUCCAGAAGAAAAAGCGUUGUAUGAUCCGGAAGCACUGGAAGAGUUGCAUAAGAAACAGGAAACGGAUGAUGAAUCUGAGGAAGAAGAGCAGGAAGACGAGAAAUUAGAAGCGGAAGAUUCUGAGAAAGUAGAUGAGGAUGAAGAAGACACAGAAGAUGAAGAGGAGGAGGAGGAAGGUGAAAGUACUAAAAAGAAAAAACUGAAAGUAACACCUGGCGAAGUUUACAAAGAAGUCCCGUGGGAGAAGAGCAAACAAGAAAGACAAGAGUACAAACUCAGAGAGAAACUAGUUAAGAACAAACAUAGAAAACUGUACAAGAGUAUGAUGGCUGGACGCCAACAAAGAGCAAAGGAAAUUUGGCUGCUGAGGAAAAAACGGCGACUACACGAAGAGAAACAAAAGGAAGAACGGAAAAAGAAAAAGAAGGUGGAAAAACAAACCACUUGAUGUGUUGCAACGAAAUUUUUUUAUAAAGUACAUAAAAUAAUUUUAUGGUUUUAAGUUAUACAAUAAAUAGGAAUAUGGUUGUUUUAAAAUAUACACUUUAUAAUACAUACGAA